AUGGGAAACAAAGAAGAAAUUAACGUGAAACUUGAGAAGAAACCAUACCCUUUAUGUGGUUGGAGUGUGACUGGUUUUGAGACGCUGCAGAAGGGGACAUUGCCGAGACGAAAAGAUACCCCACCAUGGGUGAAAGUUUCCAAUGACUUGAAAGACCCAGAGUUGUUUCAGGCCCAGACACGACUCUUGGAGGCUACGUUUGGCGUAAGUGGAUCUCGAAUCCUGUACAUUGAGCAAGUGAGCAAAGUCAUGCUUGAGCUAAAGGUUCUGGAAUCCUCGCGCCUCACUAAGGUCGUGGUUUAUGGCUCUUACUUGUACAAGCUUAAGGCCAAGUGGAUAUUCCAGUCCAUGGCUGAGCGGCACCGCCAGCGACAGGAACGAGGGAUGCUCAAGCUUGAGGAUACCAUGAAAGCCCUGCAUCUAGGUCCUGCAUCUAGGUCCUUGGAUCAAGUGAAGCCAGUUUGCAACCAGCUACCCGGAAGCAGGAUUUAG